AUGGAAGUCUUUUUGUACGCGGCGUGUCUGUGGAGUUUAAACGUCGCUGCUUUCAACCUGGACACCCACUAUGUCCUGGAGAGGACCGGAGACCAGGGCAGCCUCUUUGGGUUUUCCAUUGCCUUCCAUCAGCAGCUGAACCCUACCAAAAAGAACUUACUGCUGGUAGGAGCUCCACAAUCAAAGCAUCCGCACCUGAGCAACGUCACAGGCGUCGUCUAUCAAUGUGAUCUGAGUGCAUCUUCCCAGAGAUGUCAGGCUAUUGACUUUCACCAAGAAGCGUUCCAGGAGAGCAGUGGUAUAAAUGGCCAGUGGAUGGGCGUGAGAGUGACGAGCCAAGGACCUGGUAAAAAUGUCAUGGCUUGUGCUCAUCGGUACCAGCAGUGGGCGCCGAAUCCGGGCCUUUACGUCCCUCACCUGCUGACGGGCCAGUGCUACAUCUUGGCUGACGGUCUGCAGGUGGGGGACGAGGAGAGGACGUGGAGGAGGGUGGUUUGCGAUUCCGAGCACCUGACCAGACGCCAGAAAAACCACGAAUGGUUUGCGUACUGCCAGCAGGGACACGGUGCAUCUUUUGCAAAGGACAACAGAUCUCUGGUCUUCGGAGCGCCGGGCGCUUAUCUGUGGAAAGGACUCGUGCGGAUGGAGCUGUUGGACAACUUGGACAUCUCCAGUGAGGACACCCGAGAAACCGGGGACAUCGACCGCUUUGACUCCAGACUCAUUCCUCUCCGAAGAAAUAGCUACCUGGGAUUCUCCACUGACUCUGGGAUGGCCCUCCUCAGGAGGGGGGAGCUUACCGUCGUAUCAGGAGCGCCCAGAGGAGGUUACAGCGGUCAGGUGACCUUUCUUAAAGCGGACCGUUCAGCCACGAGAAGUUUGUCUGUAGAGUUGGUCCUCUCCGGUCCUGGGCUGGCCUCCUCCUUCGGAUACGACGUGGCUGUGGUGGAUCUCAACAGCGAUGGGUGGGACGACCUCGCUGUGGGAGCACCGGAAUUCUUUGUAAAAGAUGGUUUGAUUGGAGGCGCCGUCUACAUCUUUAUCAACAAUGAGGGGAAAAACUGGGAGAAGAUUAACCCCAUUCAACUUCUCGGGCGUAAAGAUUCCAUGUUUGGACUUGCGGUGGAGAACAUUGGCGAUGUCAAUCAAGACGGAUACGGAGACAUCGCUGUGGGGGCACCUUAUGACGGUUCUGGCCGAGUGUACAUCUACUGUGGAUCACCGAGCGGCAUCCACAAAAAGGCCGCACAGGUGCUCUCCCCAGUGUCUAAAAAAGUCCUUUUGUUUGGAUAUUCUCUCUCCGGUAACCUGGAUAUCGAUGAUAAUCAAUACCCCGAUUUGGCAGUUGGGUCACUCUCGGAUGCAGUCUUUGUUUACAGAGCAAGGCCAGUGGUCAGCGUCAGCGGCGCUCUAACAGUAACACCAAAUGAGAUAGACUUGGAACAGUGCGAUAGACGCACCUGUCAUUUUGAAGUGCAGGCCUGCUUUAGCUACACGUCACACCCGGCAUCAUCCAACCCCAAACUGACAAUCCGCUACACAUUCGAGGCUGAUGCAGAGAGGCAGAGAUCAGGACUUCCGCCUCGCGCGGACUUUACGGGGUCGUCUCAGGGGACACUGGAGCUGCCUGGUCAGGGGAGAAAAGCCUGUGCCAACACCAAACUACGACUUCUGCGGGAUAUCAGAGACAGACUGCACAGCAUCACUGUGUCUGUAAGUCGCUCUCUCACAAGCUCCAGCGAAGCGACGAGGUCAAGUCUUCAUGACGCCGCUCCCGUACUCAACCUCUACCAGGAAAGAAAGACGAUAUCAGAGAUAAACUUCAUCAACAAGGGCUGCGGCAAGGACAACGUCUGCCGAAGCAACCUGGAGCUGACCUACAGGUUCUGUGCCAGGGAAACUCAAAACCACCGAGAUGUUUUCACAUCACUCGCCAGAGAGGACGGUGUUGCGGCCAUCACGCCCUCCGGUAAGGACGUCGCCUUGGAGGUGACUGUGACCAACAUGGGUGGGGAGGACGCACAUCAGAGUCACGUGGUCAUCCAGCUACCAGAGCUUCUGCGCUACUCUUCUGUCAUCUACACUUCAGCGUCUGAAGCGCAAGUGUCGUGCUCGGCCAAUGACAAGGGGACUCUGAUCGAUUGUGAGCUGGGAAACCCUCUGCAUGGAGAUGCUCAGGUGACUUUUUACGUCAUGCUGACGACCACUGGCAUCUCACUGAGCACCAAAUCAGUCAACAUCACGCUACAACUUCAGACUACAAGUGAGCAGACCUUACAAGCGGUUGAGGCGACAGCCAAAGUGGUUUUCGAACUGGGUCUGCAAAUAUACGGGCUCGCCAGGCCGUCUCAAGUGUCAGUCAGGCCAAGGUCAACGAGCGAGCGAGCCGAAAAAACGGUGGAUGACAUUGGAGCCGCGAUUCAGUAUGAAUUCAAGAUAACAAACGUGGGCCGACCUCUGAAGUCCUUCGCUAAUGCGUCCCUGGAUAUCGACUGGCCUAAGGAGAACUUGGAGGGGAAAUGGCUGCUGUACUUGACUCACAUCACGAGUGCGGGAGUGCAGAUUGUCUCCUGCUCCCCCGCCGACCAAAUUGAUCCUCUUAGGCGAGUUAAGGUUUGGCGUGGCGCCUCCAGGCAGAGACGCGAGGCAGAAUACGAAGCCCUCUCCGCUGAUGCCUUCCCGUUUCGACAAAGAAGGAAAUAUAAAACCUUGACCUGCUCUGAAGGACUCAAGUGUGUGCGGAUACGCUGCCCUCUUGUGGGAUUGGACAGCACUGCAUCAAUUGUUCUACAUGCACGCCUCUGGAACAGCACCAUCACACAGGUUUACAGCUCUUUCAAUUACCUGGACAUUGUCGUGGAUGCUGCGCUUAGUUUGAGUAACUCUUCGGAGAACAUCGAACUCAAAGAAGAAAAGCCUCGGACAAAAGUAAAAGUAACAGUGUUCCUGGAGCGGGGCGAGGAAUACUACACCAAAGUCGCCUGGUGGAUCAUCUUGCUGACAGUCGUCGCCGGCCUGCUGCUCCUGGCCGUCCUCUGCUUCUACCUGUGGCAGCGGGGUUGCAUCCACUGUCCGACGUGUGGCAACAAGGCCUCAGACUACGAAACUGUGAAAAGUGCUUCAUUUCUGAAAGCCUGAAAAAAAAGAAUGCAGGCUAAGCAGAUUUUAUGAAAAGUGGUUUAUGUUGUUAAAGAGAUUUUCUGAAUGAUGGAGAACUCAUAUAUAAACUGUAGAUAGCAGUGUUUUUUACAGGACCGCAAUCUAUUUGGUUUGCGGGUGUAAUGGUGUUUGCAUAAUAGGCCUUGACACAUUUGCCAAACGUAGGUUAAAAAAAACAUGAAUUGUUUAGAACGCCAAACAUUCUUCUGUCGUCAUUUUUUAUGUUUUUUUUCAGUCUCUAUUUGUUGUAUUUUUGUUGCUGUUGUUUUAAGAAUACUCCAUCCUCGUUACACUCAUCCCUCCUGGGGUCUUCUUAUUCUCUGGCGGACCACGUACAUUACACCGUGUUUAUGAGCGUAUGACAAAUAGUAAACACUAACAAUUGUUGGAAUGAGGCAGAAAAUAUCACUUGUUCAUUACCGAUGUGAAUUUUGCUCUUUUGGUUAUGGUUAAAUUUGGUUCAAACAAAAUUCACCUGAUGUUUUACGUAAAUACUGCAGUUCAUUUAAAGGGGAACAUUAUCACAAUUUCAGAAUGGUUAAAACCAUUAAAAAUCAGUUCCCAGUGGCUUAUUGUAUUUUUUGAAGUUUUUUUCAAAAUUUUACCCAUCACGCAAUAUCCCGAAAAAAAGCUUCAAAGUGCCGGAUUUUAACCAUCGUUAUAAACACCCGUCCAUUUUCCUGUGACGUCACAUAGUGAUGCCAACACAAACAAACAUGGCGCAUAGAACAGCAAGCUAUAGCGACAUUAGCUCGGAUUCAGACUCGGAUUUCAGCGGCUUAAGCGAUUCAACAGAUUACGCAUGUAUUGAAACGGAUGGUUGUAGUGUGGAGGCAGGUAGCGAAAACGAAAUUGAAGAAGAAACUAAAGCUAUUGAGCCAUAUCGGUUUGAACCGUAUGCAAGCGAAACCGACGAAAACGACACGACAGCCAGCGACACGGGAGAACACGAGGACGAAUUUGGCGAUCGCCUUCUAACCAACGAUUGGUAUGUUUGUUUGGCAUUAAAGGAAACUAACAACUAUGAACUAGGUUUACAGCAUAUGAAAUACAUUUGGCAACAACAUGCACUUUGAGAGUGUAGACAGCCCAAUUUUCAUCAAUUAAUAUAUUCUGUAGACAUACCCUCAUCCGUGCUCUUUUCCUGAAAGCUGAUCUGUCCAGUUUUGGAGUUGAUGUCAGCAGGCCAGGGAAGCUAGGGUCGAUAUUCUUCUCUUGAUCAUCUUCGGUGGCAUAAGGGACGGUGUGAGCCAAGACAUCCAGGGGGUUUAGCUCGCUCGUCUGCGGGAACAAACUGCCGCCAUUGCUUGCCAUGCUACCGAGGUCUUUAAUCCCUGAAUUGCUCACACACUCCGGCAGAGUCAAUGGGGGUCUGGCGGCAGAUUUCUUUGACUUUAUCGUUGGAAAUGCAUCUGCUUUGAGUGUCGCAGGAUAUCCACACAUUCUUGCCAUCUCUGUCGUAUCAUAGCUUUUGUCGGUAAAGUGUGCGGAACAAACGUCCAUUUUCUUGCCACUUUCGCAUCUUUGGGCCACUGGUGCAACUUGAAUUCGUCCCUGUUCGUGUUGUUACACCGUCCGACAACACACCGACGAGGCAUGAUGUCUCCAAGGUACGGAAAACAGUCGAAAAAACGGAAAAUAACAGAGCUGAUUUGACACGGUGUUUGAGAAAAUGGCGGAUUGCUUCCCGAUGUGACGUUACGUUGUGACGUCAUCGCUCCGAGAGCGAAUAUUAGAAAGGCGUUUAAUUCGCCAAAAUUCACCCAUUUAGAGUUCGGAAAUCGGUUAAAAAAAUAUAUGGUCUUUUUUCUGCAACAUCAAGGUAUAUAUUGACGCUUACAUAGGUCUGGUGAUAAUGUUCCCCUUUAAACCACAUUGCAUCCAUUGUUUUGUUGCUUUCAUUUGUUUUUUGCACAGAUGGCCAAAAAUGUCUUGCAUUUUUUUGUAUUGUACAGAAAA